AUGCCAGCACAACAUUCACGCACUCGCCGUGGAAGAGUUAAUUCCCCUGCUGUUGCUACACCAAGAGCUCAGAGAGGUGGAAGGCGAGGAGAACCAACCCCGCCCCCAUCUCCAUCGCCACCUAGGCAGGAGGCCAGUUCAAGGCAUGAUCCUGCGGUGGCGGCCUACAUGCAUGCCCCGGAGGUUCAGGGGAGCUACUCCCAUGCUCGCUACGUCCCAACUCACGAGGCAUUAGAAGCCUUUAGGGUCUCAUUGGGCUACCAAGGGAGGCGGCCUACCUACCGAGAGUACCAGGACUUCUUAGACUAUUGGAGGAUUUUUGGGAGACAGGCUCAGACUACCCCAGUAACUACCCCACAGACACUCGCACCACCACGGGCCCCGAGUGGGCGAAGCGAGUUGGUUAGAGAAGGCAAGAGAGUUCGAGAGAACAUAGCUAAGAGAAGAAGCUUGGAGGCGGGACAGCCAUCCAAGAAGAGUAGGAGUGAGGGUUCCUCCAAGGGCAAUUCUACUCCAGGCCCCACUAGACCUCCACUAUCUCAGAGUGGUGAUCAGCAGAGACUUACACGUUCUGAUAGCGCUCCUAGUGUCAGAGGCCCAGAAGCUAGUAACAGGUGCAAGAAUUGUGGAAAGCCGCAUAAAGGACAGUGUCAGACACCUCGCAAGUGCUUCCAUUGCGGUCAAACUGGACAUUUGAGGUCAGCAUGUCCAGAGUUGGGACGGGGUGGAUCUACACCAGCAUCUCAGGACCGUCCUAGCCAGUUCAGAGGUUCUCAGCCAGUAGCAUCUUCCCCAGUUACUACCAAGUCGGGAGCUGCUAGCAACACUUCGCAGCCAGGUGCCCAUCGACCUCAGACCAGAGCUCAGACCCGAGUAUUUGCCAUGACAGAGGAAGAGGCUGAGUGUAGGCCUAAUGUGAUCACAGGAGGAGAAGCUUCAAGCAAAGGAAAAGAGAUUAUAGACAAGUAACUUUGGAGGGUGUUAGCUCGCCAAGUUUGUGACAGCACAGCAGCGGGAUAGAAGCGUGAAGUGCUUGGCAGAGUAGUUUGUAUUUUCUUAAGCUGUGUAUGAAGCUUAUAUAUUUUGGCAUGUAGUUGAUGGAUCCACUAGGAUAUUACCAACCCUAAUAUU